GCACUUACCUAUUCAGAAAUUGACAAGCAGUCCCUAAAUUCACUAUGUGGGGAUGUGAUGAAGUUCACGGACGUGUUCCGGGUUUCGGAUAAAGAAAACACAAGCUUUUGUGAGUGAACUUCACUAAGUCCAUUGGAUCGGAGUGUUAUUGGCUGAACCAAACAGACAGACAGCACUUUGAGAUGCCUCUGAAGCAGAAAGAGGAUUCAAAACGAAGGGCGGGUCUGGAUUUGGCUCUCCCUCGCGCUCUCUCCCACUUCCAAUCUCACCCUUCUUUUCCACCGCCGUCGCCAACCUCAACCUCCGCCGUUCACAGUCCCCUCCCCCACGCCGAUUCUCAAUCGUCCAUGGAAGUGCCCAAGGACCAUGUGGCCAUUCUUCUUGAAAACAACCUCUCUUCCUCCCUCCAGAUGCUCGGAUGUUUUCUUGUUUCGUCGAGCUCAGAAACCAGCCUGCAGGCCAAAGCUGAGAACUUGAUGCUACUGGGGGACGCAUUGUUUCGAGAAAAGGAGUACAGGAGAGCUAUUCAUGCGUAUAAGCAAGUAUUGCAACUUCACAAAAUGAUCCCUAAGCAAAGCACGGUGACAACAAGAAGCUCAGUGCCUGCACCCAACAAAUAUGGUUCCCCAAGCUUUUCAACCACAAUUGAGAACGAGGUGAAGUUCAAAAUUGCAUCAUCCCAUUCUGCAUUGAACGAGAAUAGAGCAGCACUUCUUGAGAUGGAGGGAAUCCCAAGCAAAGCAAGAAACUUGCAGAUGAAUAUGAUGAUGGGAAAACUUUAUCGAACUUCUAGACAUACUCGUGCAUCUAUUACUUGCUAUAAAGAGUGUUUAAGGCACUGUCCUUAUAUAAUGGAGGCUAUCACAGCAUUGGCAGAAUUAGGUGUUGCGGCAAAGGAUAUUAUUUCACUGUUUCCUCAGGCAUCAAAUAGAAGUUGCAGGCCUCCUUUGGAUCAUUUUGAUUCAAAUCGCUGGUUGCUGCGUUAUGUGGAAGCUCAAUGCUCAAUUGCUUCCAAUGAUUACAAAGCGGGUUUGGAGCUAUUGGAAGAUCUGUUACAGCGAUUUCCCAACAAUGUACACUUAUUGCUAGAAAUGGCUAAGGUCGAGGCAAUUAUUGGUAAAUAUGAUGAAGCUAUAACGCAUUUUGAGAAGGCUCGAUCCAUUGAUCCGUAUGUGAUGACUCAUAUGGAUGAGUAUGCUAUGCUUUUGAAAGUGAAGUCUGAAUUUUCAAAGCUGAACAAGUUAGUGCAUGAUCUACUCAAUAUCGAUCCAACCAGAGCUGAGGUUUUUGUGGCCUUGUCCGUCUUGUGGGAACGAAAAGAUGAGAAGAAGGCUUUAUCCUAUGCAGAGAAGAGCAUCCACGUUGAUGAGAGGCAUAUUCCAGGAUAUAUAAUGAAGGGGAAUUUGUUCUUGUCAACGAAUCAUCCUGAAGCUGCUGUGGUUGCCUUCAGAGGAGCACAAGAAUUGCGGCCUGAUCUUCGUUCAUAUCAAGGAUUGGUUGGAUCCUAUUUGAAACUUUCAAAGACCAAAGAAGCAUUGCAUGCUGCAAGGGAAGCAAUGAAGAUCAUGCCUCAGUCUGCAAAGGUUUUGAAAUUGGUUGGAGAUGUGCAUGCCAGUAAUACCACUGGCAGGGAGAAGGCAAAGAAGUUUUACGAAUCAUCACUCAGACUGGAACCUGGUUACCUUGGUGCUGCACUAGCUUUGGCUGAGCUACAUUUCAUUGAAGGUCGAAAUGAAGAUGCUAUCUCUCACCUUGAGCAGUAUCUGAAUGACUGGGCUCAUGACUCUUUGCAUGUUAAGCUUGCCCAGGUGUUUUCUGCCACAAAUAUGCUGCAAGAUGCUCUUUCACAUUAUCAAGCGGCACUGAGGAUUAAUCCCCAAAAUGAAGCAGCUAAAAAAGGAUUAGAACGAUUGGAGAAACAAAUGAAGGGAGUGGAUCCCGAUGCGCCCGAGGAAGACGAGGAAAACGAGGGGGAUGAUCACGAUGGAGACCAGGAGGAGGCUGACCUGUUAUGAAGACUACUGUUGGGUUAUUCAUUGGUAAAUUCUUUGUAGUAGCCUGUGGUCUUCUCUGGCAUAUGCUAACCAGUAAAUCUUAGUACUGCAUUGCGACGUGAACAUCUGUGGGAAAUGGCCGAUUAAUUUUGCGAAAGGGCGUUUUGGAGACAUCUUUUCGGCUGAUGCUGUGUUGACUAGGCUUGGAGCUGAGAUUUGAGGAAACAGACAGAUCAAGAGCUGGAUUUGUGUGCAGAUCAUCAUGAUCCUUAACUGGAAAAUCAAUCUGUAUGUGUUUUUGCUGUUUUCCCCUUUUUCUUUUUCACAAUUUUUUUUCCAUUUUUGUGUGUAAUUAGUUACCUGAUGCUGUUUUUGUACACAAUUAAUUAUCUUAUGAUUGCUUUCUAGGCACAUGUUCAUCAGAAUAAGGGAGUUGCAUUGUC